GCAACAUUCUUCACUCAACCACCGCAAUAUUCAAUUUGCAUCUAAUUUCAUUUCCAAUUCUCAAACCUAAGUUCUCAAUUUCUUCAAUGGCGCCAAAGGGAGAGAAGAAGCCUGCUGAGAAGAAACCCGCAGAGGAGAAAAAGACCACCGUUGCCGAGAAGGCUCCUGCUGAGAAGAAGCCAAAGGCCGGAAAGAAGCUACCUAAAGAUGGUGGUGCUGCCGCCGGAGACAAGAAGAAGAAGAGAAACAAGAAGAGCGUGGAGACAUACAAGAUCUACAUCUUCAAGGUUCUGAAACAAGUUCACCCAGACAUUGGUAUCUCAAGCAAGGCCAUGGGUAUCAUGAACAGUUUCAUCAACGACAUCUUCGAGAAGCUUGCUGCAGAAUCAUCAAGACUUGCAAGGUACAACAAGAAGCCAACUAUCACUUCCAGGGAAAUUCAGACUGCUGUCAGGCUUGUUCUUCCUGGAGAAUUAGCUAAACAUGCCGUCUCUGAGGGCACCAAAGCUGUGACUAAGUUCACUAGUUCUUAGAUUGUAGAUUUUUUUUAUUCUGUUUGAGAUCUUAUUUGCCAUGAUGAUUUUGAACUUUUAUCUUUUGUAAUUUGGAAUGAAGUAGUAGGAAACGGUAAAUCUCUAUUGUGUAUGAAAAUGAUGUAUUUGAAAGGUACAAAUGCGUAAUGGGUUUAUGUUAAAAUUCAAACUUUGUUGGUUAA